ACCGACCAGUUGAAGCGCGCAACUGUGGUGUAUCCAUAACGCUGUCAGUUCAAAACAUCCGCGUUUUACAAUUGCAAGUCAAACCAAGUUUACUCACUGAUGUACCGCAGUGAGUCAGUCAGAGGAUACUUUGCGCAAGCAGUUUGAAAACUUUAAAUUGUGAAGUUGAGGAGAAUACAAUCGUAUGGAGUGAGGUGCUGGUGCUACAAUGGAGCUUAGCAGGGAAGAGGUUCCACUUUAUGGUCAGGUGGAAGUCUUAGUAAAGCUGCAGGUGUCUCAGUUUGUUCAGGAAGAGGCUGACUAUUAUGUGGUUCUACUGGGCUCGUCCCUUCACCAUGUAACCACAGCUUACAGAACCGAAGACCACAGCUCGCUUAGAUUCAUUGUGCCUGGUCACGAUGUUCCAGAGAAAGUAUCUGUGGAGGUGUUCUGCUCUGUGGAGGAAAAUAGCCGUUGUCUCAUCAGCCCGCUCUCCCAUGCAGGAGAACUCUCCCUGGAAUACAACCGGGAUGAGGCUCAAGAGGCGGCAGACAUGCUAAUGAGCAUUGAACCCUUGAUGUCCAGCAGUCAUCAGGACAUCUUAAGGAAAUUCUGCCUAGAGAAAGGGAGCUCAUCUGAGCACAAUCAUUUAGAUAAGACCGGCCUGCUUGAGACAGAUGGAAUUUGUGAUUCAAAGGAAUUAUUUCCAUUUAAAAGACUAGCAGAAACAAAUCAGAGACUCAGUAUUUGCGAGCAGGAGAAUUCUAGUCUGAAAGAAGGUUUAGUAUCUUCAGAGUUUGAUCCAGAGCACAAAUGCACAGUGGGACAAUGCAGUUCUAUUGAUGUGAAGAUUACACAGGCCAUGGCUAACUUGCACUUUCUGGGAUGGGAUAGCCAAGCUGCACUUGAAAAGGAAGAUCUGCUUCACAGAGAAACUCCUCUGCAUGUUGCCAUUCGUUUGGGGUUCCCCCACCUCAGUCACUUUCUCCUCCAGGAGUCUGACGGUCAAAGGAUGGUUCCCAUACCCAACAAGGAAGGGCAGAGUCCUCUUACACUGGCUCAAAGGCACGGAGAUCCAGCACUCAUCAGCUCUUUAACAGACCCCUCUAGUUGCAGUGCGUGGAGGCCCGUGUGGAUGUGUCAGGUCUGGGCUGAUGGCUCCCACCAGCUCCGUUUCUGCCCUAUCAAUGACUCUAUUAGCCUGACAGUCAGACACAACACACAAACAGAUGCACCAGGCAUCAUCCAGAUAUACAGAGCGAAGAGCAGAGAACCGGAGACACUCAUAUGUGUGAGGCGACUGAAAGAGCCUUCUGAGGGGAGCACACACAAGCUUGAUUUAUGUGACGUAGAUCUGAACAGCCUGCUGAACAUUGAGGACCGUACCCUGGUGGAUAGUGUCUUUGAAGAACAGCUUGUUCUUUGUCUGGAUGAAGAGGAAGAGGACCUGAACCCAUUCAACUCAGAGAAGUUGUGUUCCUCUCCUGGCUCCUGCACCCCAUUUCAACUUCAUUCCUCAGAGGCAGCUGCCGUCAGGCUCACAGCCAUGCUCAGAGUCUCCACUAAGGAUGAUGACCUCAAUAUGAAAUACUCUGUUUCUGGGGUCACAGAGGACAGUUCUGGGACAGAUAGUAAGGUGGGGCAAAUGUCGGAUACGGGGGUCUUGCCACCAGGGGCAUUGGAUAUGCCCACAUCUAUUAAGGAUGAAGAAGGGCAGAGGGGAAGGCAUCCUACCUCUCGUUCUUUCUCUCCACCACUUUUGCCAUUCUCCCCCUCAUCUCCAGCUGGGUUGGUGCUGGAUCGACUCAUGCGUGCCUGCCGACCUGUUGAAAUGACCUAUAACAGUUCAAGCUCUCCUACAGACUCAUGCGACCUAAGCCCGAGUCUGGUGGCCUUGGAAAUGGACAGUGAAGAGGAUGAUGAUGACGACAUUUUAAUGAAGAAACCCCUCCCCCAGCCUCACCCUGAGGUCAAAAACAGUGGAGAUGUUAAGUUAAACCCCACCCCUGACCUUACCUGCACCCGUUCACACUCCGCCUCUUCUGCCUGUAACUCCACCACAGCAAAGGAUGUUGAGCAGGGUAUCCGUCUGCGUUCAUAUUCCUACACCUCCCCCAAAAUCAGCCUGCUGCCUCCGCGAUUCAGUAGGGACGCCCACCCUCCACCCACCGAACUCAACCAGGAUGGCGCCCUCUCCAGCAGCAGUGGCAGCAGGUCUCUCCUACAGGCACUGUCUCUGUCUAAAUCUCUGUCUCUGCUCAACCCUGUUAAACACCGUGCCUGCAGCAUGUCAGAGCAGCCUCAAGAGAAAAGGGAGUUAAGGUUCCGUAGGCGUGCUCAGUCGGCUGAUGAUGAGACCAGUGAAGAGCUGGCCGACUCCCUUCAACACCUCACACUCUCCGAAUUCCUCAAAGAGAUCGAGGAAGAGGAAUGGGACAAAUAUAUCAUCCCUUCCAAGAUGGAGUCUGAAAAAUACAAAGUCAGUCGCACGUUUAGUUUCAUCAAGAGCCGGAUGUAUAGCACUCGCAACAAGAACAAGGGGAAAGGGAAGGAGAGAGAGACCAAAGACAAGCAAGUCAAUAGACACCAGUUCUCAGCAGGAUCUGUCCUGGGGUCGACACUUUGUGAGAUCUGCAGCAAGCCAGCCAGUGGGAAGGAAGUCCUCCACUGCACAUAUUGUGCAGUAAGUGUCCAUAAGGGCUGUAAAGACUCAACUACGCCAUGCCUGAAGAAACCUCAUGACAGAUAUUCUGUGACGGCAGUGAAGAGCAGGACAGCCUCCCUCCCUCAAAAUUUUACUGUGCGUGAAAGUUCCUCCUCAUCCUCUCAGAUGCCCACCUCUACCUCUCUUCCCGUGAUGACAUCACGAGACUCCUCUCCUCUGCCUUGCCCUCUGUCCAGAAGUGUGCCUACAGUCACUGAAAGGCUAAGUGAGAGCCCGGAAGCCGAUAAUGACUCCUCCUCCUGGCAGAACCACAUCCAAUCAGAGGAGCUCCUCCAAACCAUGGAAUCUUCAACGUCCACUGACUCCUCCCUCAUUGAUGACUCUGUAGAUGCCCCUCUGCAGAAUGAGUUGGAGUUGAAUGCCAUAGAUUUGGAGGCGGAGUCAUGGAGCCUGGCGGUGGAGCCCCAGUUCUGCAAGAUGCAAGAAAAACGCAUCAUUAAGAGACAGGAUGUCAUUUACGAGUUCAUGCAGACAGAGCUCCAUCAUGUACAGACACUCAUGAUAAUGGCGGAGGUCUUCAGGCGGGGCAUGCGGGAGGAAGUCAGGCUGGAUCCGGAGACUAUCGAUCGAAUUUUUCCUUGUUUAGAUGAACUACUCAUCCUCCACCGUGACUUCCUGUCAGCAAUGAUGGAGCGGCGGCAAAGCUGCCUCCAGCCCAACAGCAACAAGAACUACCUUGUCCACCACGUGGGUGACAUUUUCAUGCAACAGUUCUCCCAGGAGAAUGCAGAAAAGAUGAAGCGGGUGUAUGGCAAUUUUUGCAGUCACCACACGGAAGCGGUCAGCUUCUUCAAAGAACUUCAGCAACAGAACAAGAGAUUUAUGCUCUUCAUCAAACAACAAAGUAGCAACUCAUUGGUAAAGAGGCGAGAGAUCCCAGAAUGCAUUUUGUUAGUGACACAGCGCAUCACAAAGUACCCUGUGCUCCUGGAGAGAAUAUUGCAGUUCACAGAAGAGGCCUCAGAGGAGCAUGCAGACCUAUCUCGUGCACUAGUUCUGAUCCGAGAGUUGGUCUCAGCUGUGGACCAGAGUGUUAGUCAGUAUGAGCAGAACCAGAGGUUGAGUGAGGUUCUGGGACGAAUGGAGCACAAAUGCUCGACCAAGCUGAAGAGCGGGGACCCCUUCCGCAAGCAGGACAUCACCAGCGGCAGAGCACUGCUGCACCAGGGUCCUCUGCUCUGGAAGACGGCAACAGGUAGACUGAAAGAUGUGUUGGCACUUUUGCUGUCAGAUUCAUUGGUAUUUCUUCAGGAAAAAGAUCAGAAGUACAUCUUUGCUGCUGUGGACCAGAAGCCUCCAGUGAUCUCUUUGCAGAAGCUGAUUGUGCGAGAGGUAGCCAACGAGGAGAGAGGCAUGUUCCUGAUCAGCACCUCUUCAGCUGGGCCUGAGAUGUAUGAGGUUCAUGCUGCUUCUAAAGAUGAACGCAAUGCCUGGAUGAGACUCAUCAGGGAGGCUGUGGAGAGUUGCCCUGAAGAAGAGGAUGAAACUACAAGUGAGUCAGAAGAAGAAAGAAGGGUGGCUGAAGCAAAGGUCCAAAAGAUCCACAGGCUACAAGAGUCUCUGUGCGGCCAUGAUCAUCUGAUCUGUGCCAGUCUGGAGGAGAAACUUCACAUCUAUGCCGAGCUGUCAGUCAUGGCUGGACAACGUGAGGCAGGACCAGAGCCCAGGCUGCUGGUACGGCCCAGCACUGAAGACAUUCCACAGGCCGCUGUGUUACUCAGUGCUGCUCUUAAAGAGGCAGAGUCCCUGAAAGCAGCUCUCUCCUUUCAUGGUGCAUCCUCUGCCUUUCAAGAGGUGACUCAGCCUGAUCCCUGCACUUCCCCCUCCCCUCCACCUUUCGAUGGCCUGGGCCCACCAGCUGACACCUCGCAGAGCAAGGAGGAGGAGUGGAGAAGAGAGGAAGGCCUGGAAACACAGGCCCUCAAUCACAGCACAGACACUGAUAAUGGCAACAUACACCUGAAGGUUAGUCAGAGUGUGCAGAGCUUAACUCAGCUGUUGUACAGCCUACAGGCCGCAGUCACCAUCCAAGACAGUUGCUAUGAGAUCCAGAGGCUCCUCCUUCUUCUGUUAUCAAGCCCCUCCCCUCACCUACACUCCCGUCCACUACCCAUGAUUCGCAGUAACCAGGCCCUGCUGGAGCAGGAGCGCCAGCGGGAGGCGGAGCGACGUCGAGAGGAGCUGGUGGAGGUGGCCCGUCUGCGGGGUGCCCUGGCGCGGGAACAGCAGCAGUGGGAGCGGGAAUGCCAGAUGCGGGAACUCCAGCAGUGUAAGAUGGAGAGUUCGCUGGAGGAGAGGGAACUGUUGUGCCACCUAGAGGAAAGGAGGCUGCAGAGCGAGUGGCAGGUGCUCCAAGAGCAGCGGCAAGAGUACCAGCAAAGCCUGGAGAGGCUGAAAGAAGGGCAGAGGAAUGUGGAGAAGGAGAAGGAGAGACUGGACACUCAGCGAGGGCUGCUGGAGAGUUUCAAGCAGGGAUGCCAGCAGAAUCUGCACGCCAUGGUAAUACCACUGGAUGGACAACAGACACAGGAUGCGGGUCACGGUCAGUUGGGUGGCCAGGAUGAGCGUGGAUCCAUUUUUGUGAAUGAGGCAGUGUUUAUGUCUCCCUCUCUAAACAACAGACACGUCCACCUUCAUCAUCAUCCACUCCAUAAUCAUCAACAGACUGCCCACUUGCACUCAGGAUCUCUAGGAUACUCAGACUUUCCAAGAUCUCAGAACAGUCUCAAUUCACUACUGGCACGAUCCAACCACAGACAGAGCUCAGCUGGAGUGUCAGAUGCUCCUACUAGGCAUGAGAGCUGGACUGGCGGCACAUUGUACUCAGUCCCUCAGAGGAAUCAAGGAACAGGGAUCCUGAACAAUGAUGUGGGUCAGCUCCAUAUCCGAGAAUCUUGGUCAGCAGGCGUAACAGGGGCGGGGCUUUAUCAAGCAGAUGUCCUGCAUGUUAACCAGCCCUUUGUAACCAUGGAGACCGAGAACAGAGAUGCUGAUGGAGAAGAGAAUAUUGUGUAUCUCUGAAAUAAACAAACAAAUUUUAUUGGUUUUGAAACAAGAUAUUUGGACUCUGCAUUAUGUGAUUUGGACCAGAAUCUAAUUCCACUAAUUAUUUUUUUAUUAUUUUUUUUAUGUUAGCAACUUUUGGCCUUCAGUGACAUUCUCCAGACUUUAUAGCACUUACUUUGGUCUGUAUGUGAAAUGGGCCUUGUCUGAGUGGCUGUAUUUUGCUUUAUUGCCUGGAGCCUGCAAUGACAGAAUCAGGUUAGACCGUUUCAGCACACUUUUAGCCACACACACACACACACACAAACCCCACUCCCACCCACAAUGCUACACAAUGUAUUUUUCUCCAAAUGUCAAUGUCAGUUUGCAGCAGUAGAUCAGUAGUCUUUCAGUAGAUGAAAAAUGCCUUGAUUUAUAAAAGCAUUGACUGCCUGCCGUCUGUUUGACUCUGCGCACAAGUAAGGGUAAAGAAUCAAAUUAUCACCUCUUUCCAAUUCAAUUUCUUACAUUUGGAAACUGGUUUCACAUGUCCAUAUGGAGGAGAAUGUGUAAUAUGUGUCCAGCCUAACACCUCUGAAAUAGAAGUUCAGAUGCUGCUCAUCAUAUAGAUAAGCCUUUGCCUUGUCACAUGUGCAGUGAGUGAAAGUCUGAAAAGUCUCAUACUGUAGACAUUGAGGUUGCACACUGGCAUUCAUCAUUGUCAAAUUUUUCUCAUGAUACUUACUACACAACAUCUAAAUUGUUCUCUGAAAAUGUUGCCAUAUUGGCCUAAAGCUUUUUCAUGCAGAGCCUACUUAAGUUUCAGAUUCACAUAUUCCAGUAGCUCCUUUUCAAUUUCAUUGUUUUGUUUUAUGUUGAUCAAGACUGUCAUUACUUUUGGGGUGUACACAUAUUUUAGCAAAAAGCAUAAAUCCAGGCCUGUUGUAAUUUCAAGCACACUAAAAACUGGAGCUGUGAGUGUCAUAAUAGAAAUAAUGCAACUACUAUGGGUUAACAUGUACACACAUGAGUAAAACUGACGAGAAUUUAAUGUUUAUUUCUUGUUUUUGUUUUUUUCAAUGACUUAUUGUAUUGGGGGGGCCUUUUCACUAUGCAUAAGAACCCUUGCUAUCGUGUUUUAUUUGUUGUUUUUAUUUUCCAAUGCAUAUACCUAAUUUAUUGUUGAUAUGUUUUGAGGAACUAUUUUUAUGUACAUAAAGCUUGUUUUGUACAAUUGUUGUAUGUAGACAGUUUGACUGGUGUAUCAAAUGUUACAUGUAGUAAAUAUAUUGGAGCCUGUUCAUACAUCAA